GCCGCCGCCGCCGCCGCCGCCGCGCACGCCAUGGGAGCCGUGACUGAUGAUGAAGUCAUACGAAAGCGUCUCCUAAUUGAUGGAGAUGGGGCUGGAGAUGAUCGAAGAAUUAAUCUGCUAGUGAAGAGUUUCAUUAAAUGGUGCAACUCUGGAUCCCAGGAAGAGGGCUAUAGCCAGUACCAACGUAUGCUGAGCACACUGUCACAAUGUGAAUUUUCAAUGGGCAAAACCCUGCUGGUGUACGAUAUGAAUCUCAGAGAAAUGGAAAAUUAUGAAAAAAUUUACAAAGAAAUAGAAUGUAGCAUUGCUGGAGCACAUGAAAAAAUUGCUGAGUGCAAAAAGCAAAUUCUUCAAGCAAAACGAAUACGAAAAAAUCGCCAAGAAUAUGAUGCUUUAGCAAAAGUAAUCCAGCAUCACCCAGAUAGGCAUGAGACAUUAAAGGAACUAGAAGCUCUGGGAAAAGAAUUAGAGCAUCUUUCACAUAUUAAAGAAAGUGUUGAAGACAAGCUGGAAUUGAGGCGCAAACAAUUUCACGUUCUUCUUAGCACCAUCCAUGAACUUCAGCAAACACUGGAAAAUGAUGAAAAACUCUCAGAGGUAGAAGAUGCUCAAGAAACAAGCCUGGAAACAGAUCCUAAGCCAUAGACAGGCUAAUUCCCAAGAAUAUUGAACUAGCUACAUGAUCUUAGUGUGUUUAGAAGUUAUUAUGCUCUUGAAAUAUUUAAAAUUCCUGCAGUGAAAUCCUGUGCUUCUAAAAUUAAUGCACAUUUUAUUUGUAUUUCUUCACACAAAGGAAAAUGACUUCAGUAUAGAUUUGGUUUUAUGAAAAUUCCUUUUUUAUUCUUAAAAAGUAGGAAGCAACAGUACAAAAAUGUUUAAUAAA